GGUGCUGCCUGCCCGUUUCCUGACAUUUGCUUUCGUGCAUCUUUACGCAGCGUGCAGAAAUGUGAAUGCCCACAGCGCCAGGUGGGAAGAGGAGAAGCGAGAGGAUGGUGUGAAAUGGCAGCAGCUGGAGCACAAAGGGCCCUACUUCGCUCCACCCUAUGAACCUCUGCCAGAUGGCGUCAACUUCUAUUACAGCGGAAAACCCAUGAGGCUCAGCCUUGGCACCGAGGAGAUCGCUACCUUCUUUGCCAAAAUGCUGGACCAUGAGUACACAGCCAAGGAGGUUUUCCAGAGCAACUUCUUCAAUGACUGGACGAAGGAGAUGACGCCAGAGGAGAGGAAGAGAAUCAAAGCACUGGAGAAGUGCAACUUCAGUGAGAUUCAUAAGUAUUUUGUGGAGAAGCACGAGGCCCACAAAGCUCUGCCCAAGGAGGAGAAACAGAAAUUGAAAGAGGAGGCAGAAAGAAUCCAAGAAGAAUACGGUUUCUGCAUAAUUGACGGGCACCGGGAGAAGAUUGGCAACUUCAAGACUGAGCCCCCGGGGCUUUUCCGAGGCCGUGGGGACCACCCCAAAAUGGGGAUGCUUAAGAAGAGGAUAAUGCCUGAAGACGUUAUCAUAAAUUGUAGCAAAGAUUCAGAGAUCCCACAGCCCCCUCCGGGCCACAGGUGGAAAGAAGUUAGAUGUGACAAUACCGUCACCUGGCUGGCAUCCUGGACCGAGAACAUCCAGGGGUCCAUAAAGUACAUUAUGUUGAACCCCAGUUCCAAGUUGAAGGGGGAGAAGGACUGGCAGAAAUACGAGGUUGCUCGCUGCUUGAAAGGGGUGGUCGGCACGAUCCGCUCUCAGUACCGAGCAGACUGGAAGUCCAAGGAGAUGAAGAAACGGCAGAGGUCUGUGGCGCUGUACUUCAUCGAUAAGCUGGCCCUGAGAGCAGGGAACGAAAAGGAGGAAGGCGAGACGGCGGACACGGUGGGCUGCUGCUCCCUGCGGGUGGAGCACAUCACGCUGUGCCCGAGGCUGGACGGGAAAGAGAACGUGGUGGAGUUUGACUUCCUGGGCAAGGACUGCAUCCGCUACUAUAACAAAGUGCCUGUGGAAAAGCAGGUGUUCAAGAACUUGCAGUUAUUCAUGGAGAACAAAGAAUCUGGGGACGAUCUGUUUGACAGGCUGUCUACAACAUCACUGAAUAAACAUCUCCAGGACCUGAUGGAUGGGUUGACAGCCAAGGUCUUCAGAACAUACAACGCGUCCAUCACACUGCAGGAACAGCUGGAAGCACUGACUAAUGAGGACGACAACGUGGCUGCAAAGCUCCUCUCCUACAACCGAGCCAACCGUGCGGUCGCCAUCUUGUGCAACCAUCAGCGGGCGACGCCAAAGACCUUUGAGAAGUCUAUGCAAAACCUCCAGGCUAAGAUUGAUGCCAAAAAAGACCAGCUGUGUGAUGCAAAAGUGGAGCUCAAGCAGGCCAAGCUGGAUCACAAAGCCAAAAAGGACAUGAAAUCUAAAGCUGCGGUGGAAAAGAAAAAGAAGCUAUUAGAGAAGAUUGAAGAGCAGCUGGCCAAGCUGAACAUGCAAGCCACAGACAAGGAGGAAAACAAGCAGAUUGCUCUGGGCACAUCCAAGCUGAAUUACCUGGACCCGCGCAUCAGCGUGGCCUGGUGCAAAAGGUUUGGUGUCCCCAUUGAGAAGAUUUACAACAAGACCCAGAGAGAGAAGUUUGCAUGGGCAAUAGCGAUGGCGGAUGAAGACUUCGAAUUCUAAGCAGAGAUCUAGACUCCCUUUUGCUCGUUUGGGUAGCUCGUCGGCACUUUUUUGCCUUGCUGCAGCCACUUUUUUGCAUGCAAAAUACAUCUCUAAAAGAAGGCCCGAUGCCCGUAGUUUCAUCCUUUGUAUAAAACGGAAGACGUGGGCUUCAGAA